CCGGCGAGGCCUGCUGCGAGCUCUGCGGCCUCUACUUCGAGAACCGCAAGGCGCUGGCGAGCCACGCGCGCGCCCACCUGCGCCAGUUCGGCGUCACCGAGUGGUGCGUCAACGGCUCGCCCAUCGAGACGCUCCGCGAGUGGAUCCGCCACCGGCCCCACAAGGCCGGCGCCUACCGCACCUACAUCCAGGGAGGCCGCCCCUUCGCCAAGAAGUUCCGCGGCGCCGGCGCCGCCCGCCUGCCCCUCGCCGCCCUCCACGCCGGCGCYGGCGGCGCCUUGUUGGCCAAGGGCUUGGCCGAGCUCGAGCCCGGCAAGUUCCUGGACGGGGCGGCGGGCGAGCGGGCGGCCUCCRCCGCGGCGCCGCUGGCGCUCGUCAAGCUCGAGGAGCAGCAGCAGCAGCAGCGGCCCAAUAUCCACAAGUUCGAGCGGCGCCAAGGGCGGCCCCUGGACGGGCCCUUGCGGCGCGAGGACGACGCGACGGCGCCGCCGCCGCCGGCCUCCGCCUUCCCCCACAAGCUGGAGGAGCCGCGGCCGCCGCCGCCCCGUGUGCGCCCCGUGCCCUCGCUCGUGCCCCGGCCCCCCCAGACCUCCCUCGUCAAGUUCGUGGGCAACAUCUACACCCUCAAGUGCAGGUUCUGCGAGGUGGAAUUCCAAGGGCCCCUCUCCAUCCAGGAGGAAUGGGUGCGGCACCUGCAGCGCCACAUCCUGGAGAUGAAUUUCGCCAAAGCGGAUCCGCUCCGGGCCGAGCCGCCCGCUCCGGAAGCUCCCGUCRCCGCCGCCACCGCCGCCGUGGCCGACGCUCCAUGA